UGUGCUGGGGUAAUGGGAUCAACAUGGGUGAUCAGUCCUGCUGAAGAGUCUCGACCUGAAACGUCGACUGUACUCUUUUCCACAGAUGCUGCCUGGCCUGCUGAGUUCCUCCAGCAUUUUGAAUAUCUCAAUGUACUUCUCCCACUGGGAAGUUGUGGAGCAUUUGUUCAAUGUCUGCCAUCGCUGCAACGGACUCAGUUGUGAAGUACAUGAGGACCCGAGCAAGUGAAGUCUGGGCCUUGCGAGAACACAUUAUUCAGUGAUGUGCCUUUGAACUGCAUGCUUCUAUCAAAGACAAUUCAUAUUUGUGCAGGUUUCUGAGGGUGGUGAACACUGAAGUUUGGCAAAUCCCAGUUUUCUUUGUUGGGAUCUGGUGAAGGAGGUAGCGCAGUAUGAUUGUUCCUGAGGAGCCUUUCCAUGAACUCCACGUAAUGAUUUUUCAUUUCUGGUUCCCUUUUCAACGUGUGACUGAAGGACAUAAGUCUGCUUUCUGUUUUUUGGUAGGGGUUGUGGAGAGUGAAAAGGAAGGAGAGCUAUUCAAAGGGAACUACAGAGGCAUGAGAGAGGAGCUAACCAAGUUGAUUGGAAUGGGAUACUUGCAGGGCUGAUGGCAGAAUUGCAGUGGCUGGAGCUUUUGGGAGUAAUUCAGAAAGCACAGGAUAGGUACAUACCAAAGAUGAAUGUAUUCUUAAGGGAGGAUGAGACAACUACGACUGAUAAGAGAAGUCAAAGACAGCAUAAAAGCAAGAGAGGACAUAAAAUAUAAUAGAAAUUAUUGGGAAGUUAGAAAAUUGGAAAGCUUUUAAAAACCAGCAAAAUGCAACUAAAAAAAGUAAUAAGGAUAGGAAAUUGAGAAGAGGAAAAGAGUGGGAAUAAAGGGGACCUUUUCUGCUUGGCUGCUGAUGAUGUCCCACAGGGAUUGGUGUUCGGACCAUUUAUUUUCACGUCAGUGAUGGUUUUGUAGCGUAUUUGCGGAAAAUACAAAGAUAGGUGGAGGAGCAGAUAGUGUGGAGGAAGCAGGGGGUCUGCAGAAGGACAAAAACAGGUUACAGCAAUUGGCAAAGAAAUAACAGAUAGACUAUAAUAUAGAGAAAUGUAUGGUCAUAAACUCCGUUAGGAAAAAUAAAGACAAAGACUAUUUUUUAAGCAGAGAGCUAAUUCAGAAAUUGGAGGCAGAAAGGGACGGGAGUUCUUGUGCAGGAUUCCCUGAGGUUAACUUGCAGGGUGAGUCAGUGGUAAGGAAGGCAAAUGCAAUGUUAGCAUUCAUUUCAAGGGGACGAGAAUAUAAAAACAAGGAUGUAAUGCUGAAUCUUUCUAAGGAAAUGGUCAGAGUGAGUGGAGUAUUGUGAGCAGUUUUCAGCCCCUUAUCUAGGAAAGUUAGUGCUGGGGUUAGGGAGAGUCCAGAAGAGUUUCACGAGAAUGAUCCUAGGGAUUAAAUGAUUAACGUAUGAGGAGUGUCUGAUGGCUCUGAGCCUGUACUCACUGGAGAUUAGAAGAGUGAGGGAGCUUCUCAUUGAAACAUUGAAUAUUGAAAGGCCUAACUAGAGUGGAUGUGGAGAGAGUGUUUCCUAAUGGAGGGAAGUCUAGGAUCAGAGGGCACAGCCUCAGAGUAGAAGGAUAUCCCUUUAGAAUGAUAUAGGAGGGAUUUCCUUAGCCAGAAUCAGUGGAAUUCACUGCCACAGAUACCUGUGGAGGUUGAUAGGUUCUUGAUUAGUCAGGGCAUCAAAGGCUAUGGGGAGAAGGCAGGAGAAUGUGGAUGAGAGGGAUAAUAAAUCAGCCAUGGUGGAAUAGCAGUGCAGACUCAAUUGUACAAAUGGCCUAAUUCUCCUCCUAUGUCUUAUGGUCCAAUGUAAAGUCUUACAUUUUAGCAGUGACAGUGAGAAGUGAGAAACUGAAGAGAACAGGAAUAAGGAGAUUCAGGAGCAGAGGGAUCUGGAGGCAAGUUUUCAUUCAGCAGAUGGGCUGAGAAAGUGGUUGAAUAGCAAAUGAUAUCCUGGGCCUUGUAAUGAGUGGAUCAGCAGAGAAGUGCUUCUCCUAUAGAUGCUGCCUGGCCUGCUGUGUUCCACCAGCAUUUUGUGUGUGUUGUUUGAAUUUCCAGCAUCUGCAGAUUUCCUCGGAUCAGCAGAGAGCAGCUUGCAAUAAGUCACCACACUCCAGCUCCAUCUUUCACAGAGUCCUGGUGUAGUCAGAAAUCUGUGAGGGCCCUUUAUUCAAUACAGGACCUGCCACCACACCAUCUGUAUGCAGCUCCGUCUACAAUGUGGACGUAAAGGCUUGAGAGAGAGUGCAAAAGAGGUAAAGGGAAUCUAGUAACUUGGUAACAAAGGGACGAGGGUUUGAGGAGAGAGGACUGGUGCGAGGAAUAAGCUUGAAGUGGAUGUGGAGAGGGUAAGUGUCUGGAGAGGUGUGGUUCAGGUGAAGGUGGGUACCAAGCUGCUUGAGGUAGUGGGAAUGCUGGGAUGGGUGGGGAAAGGACUGAGGAGAAUGGUUGGUGAAGGCUGUUUUGGGGGAUGAUGGGGAAGUUGUGUGGGAACAGGAGGAGAGAAGGGUAGUGGGGUUAGGGGGAGGUAAUGGGGGUGCCAUUGACACCACUGGAACCCUCUUCUUCAUGUCCCUCCAGCAAGGUAUCCCAGGGGAACCAGGAUAUCAAGGUGCUCCCGGUAACCCGGGUAAGCCCGGAGCUCAGGGCUGGCCAGAGUGAUUGGGUCCUGGGGCCCCAACGGAGUGCGAGGAAUUCUAGGAGCAACCGGGAAACAGGAACUCCCUGGGCAAAGCAAACCCCUGUCAAAUGAAGGGGUGAACCUGGCAGGGAAUGGGCACAGAAACCAGCACAGCCCACAGCUCCCUUGUGUCUGCCCUCCUCCACCAUCUCCUGAGGGACAGGAUGCUGAGGGUGCUGUUGCUGCAAAGAACUCCCAUGUCUCUUAAUUCACACAGAGCCCCGGUAACUUUGGAUGGUUCGCAGUGGUUUACUUUCUGCCCGUUCUCCUCUGUACUGUAAGCCCACAGCAGCAUUAACUGACAGUUAAUGAGCCACAGGGAAUUGAAACGGGAUGAACCCAGACCUUACCCGGAUGGGAAGUAUUUAAUGGGAUCAUGCAGUGGAAUCCUUACACUCCACCUGCUGAAGUCCAGGCCACAGUGUUAACAGGAGUGACCACAGGUUGUUCAAAUUGUGUAAGAGCUGAGACAAAACCCCACUCUCCCCUUUGGAUCAUCCACUUGUUUAUCCCCACAUUACUGCUGAGCUAUGAAAAUGGCUGGUCUACUUUAUGCAUCAACUCUGUAAGUUUGAGAGAAGUGUUUUAAACUGCAUCUAACGUUCCUGAAUUGUUGUAAGUAGCUGCAUGGACACCUUCUGCCAGACAGUGGCAGUGCUGAGCAGUUAGUAGUGUCUCAUUCGCGAGCUCAAACUGAAACAAAUCCUUCAGGAUUUAAAGCAGAAACCUCCGGGCAUUUUCAGUGAGUCAUGUGCCAAAAAUAGCUCUCAAAUAAAAUACUCCCAUAAAAUUGAUGGGGAGAGGAUCAUCAGUAGAAAGGAAAAUGGUGUUAACGUUUCAGUGUGAUUACUUGUUCUGAUUUCAUUGACCUGAAAUAUUAUGUCUGAUUUUUCCACCACAGAUGCUGCCUGACCUGCAAAUUAUUUACAGCUUUUUCUAUUUAGCUUCAGAUUUGCUCAUCUGCAGUUACCACAUCCCCAUGACAGCAGUACCACUGCUGAAUACCCCACCAGCACCAGCUGUGGGUGAGAGGGGCGAGAUGCAGGAGAUCAGCAUAUCAUUGAGGUGUGCCAGAAAAUGAUGCAAGGUGCUGACUGAUAAUGUAGUGCUGAUGUAAACACUGAGGCCAGAGCCAGUUCUCUGAGUAUUGAACAGCAGCAGAGUUUGCUCCGCCCCUCAGUUCCUUCCUACAAUUGACUGACCGAGCUCAGCAGAAUAUAAAUUCCAGCUGUUUGUGCCCAGGGUACUGGAUGCACCUGAGGUGAGGCUGGCCCGUUGGAGACGGAUCACUGCUGGAGACAGGAUGAAUUACUUCAUCCCCAUUGUGUUCAUAGUCUGCAUUUGCCUGCCGGGAUCUGACAGUGCAGGUCUGGGAGGGAAAUCGCUGAUUUUUGAAAAGGAAACGAGCAACAGCUAUGUCAGAGUUUUCCCAUCGUCUUUCACCGAUUUGACUGCCUUUACUGUCUGCCUCAGGGCAGCCUCUGAAUUGACCCGUGAUUACAGUUUAUUCUCCUACGCAACGACAUGGCAUGACAAUGAACUGUUGAUUUGGUACACAGCUAAUGGACACAUCUCCCUGUCUAUAUACAAUGAGAUUGCAGAGUUUUCCCUUCCAAAAAUGGAUGCCUUGCUGAGACACAUCUGUGUAACCUGGGAGUCUAGAGAGGGUUUGGUUACCAUCUGGGUAAAUGGGAAACGCUCUCUACAGAAGAUUGGUGGAAAGGGUAGGGUUGUAAAAGGUUCUGGUCAGUUUAUUCUUGGUCAGGAGCAGGACAGACCUGGUGGAGGUUUUGACAUACGUCAGUCAUUUGUUGGGGAGAUAACUGAUGUUAACAUGUGGGAUUGUGUGCUCGAAACCAGUAAGAUUGAGACAGCAAAUGAGGGAUGUUUCUUUACCGGAGGCAACAUCAUCAGCUGGGGAACAACUUCCCAUGUAUCAAGAGGGACAGUGACAAUCAAGAAUAAUAAUGACUGCAUAUUUUAGUGCCUUGGCUACAAAAAGGAUACAACUGUUCACAGGGAGCACUUUCUCCCCAAGGCAGUCUUACUGAAUAUGACCUUUCAUUCUGAUCCUUUCUGCUGGCUCCUUCCUCAGAUCCCACUGGGAAUAGUUCAUCACAGUUAAAAGGUGCACCAGCACAGAGCAGUGGCAAGGACAUUUUCUGCCCUCACCCUUACACACACAGGCAGACAAUGAAGUGUCUGGGGCAGACUUGGACUCUGGGGAAAUCCCUAUGGUGGAAGGUGACUUUGUGCUGAUGGGAAUAUUCUCUCUCCCCUCUCCCCCUCUCUGUCCCUCCCUCUUCCCCUUUUCUUCCCCCCCCCCCCCCCAGGCUUUGGAAAGCUCACGGAAUGUACUGUGCCACAUGUGACUGGGAUUAAACUGUAACACUGCUGUUUUUCAGCUGAGUAAA